AUGGAGGAACACACCCCUGCCACCUUCCGCCACCUGCUGAAACUGCCCCGAACCCUCCUGCUCUUAAUUGGGGUGCCUCUUGCCAUAGUCCUGGUGUCUGGCUCCUGGCUCCUGGCUGUUGUAUGCAUUGUCUUUCUGCUUCUAUUCUUGCGGUUCCUUGCAGGCCAACCCUGGAAGAAUUAUGUGUCCAUGUGUUUGCACACAGACAUGGCUGACAUCACCAAGUCCUACUUGAAUGUGUCUGGGGCAGGUUUCUGGGUGGCUGAGUCUGGGGGACAGGUAGUGGGGACAGUGGCUGCUCAGCCAGUCAAGGAUCCCCCGUCAGGGAGGAAGCAGCUGCAGCUCUUUCGCCUGUCUGUGUCCUCACAGCAUCGAGGACAGGGGAUAGCGAAAGCCCUGGUCAGAACUGUCCUCCAGUUUGCACGGGACCAGGGCUACAGUGACGUUGUCCUUGAGACCAGUGUCAUACAGCAAGGUGCUGUGAGCCUCUAUGAGGCUAUGGGAUUCCAAAGGACAGGCCUAUUCUUACUGGACGGCAUUGUCGGAAGGGUUGUUGAUUUUUUUGUAUUUCGUUUCACGUACCCUCUCCCUUGUGCUCAGGAACCCAGACUUUGAUCUUAUUUCUUUCCACAUCUGUCACACUCCAUUUCACUGCACUGUAACAAGGAAACCCUGAUAUUUCAGUGGACAAAUAAUAAAGGCACGUAUUCCAGGUU